AUGCAAGGAAUUUCGCCUGGCAUAUCGCCGCCAGAGGUUUCAGAAUUUGUGUGGGGGGAGCAGGACCGCGGGAGCUUCGCUGCGGGGAGGGGCGCACCAGGAGGCACAUCCGGGGGAGCAGGGUGGUGGCGGGGUGGGGAGGCAGCGGUUUCACAGCAGAGGGGACGUGCGCAGGGGGCAGCAGCGGAACGUGCGCGGAACGCGGAUGGCAGAAGCGCGGAGGGCGCGGAAGUGGAGGGUGGCUGGGAGGGGAAACCUCCCGCGCAUGGUGUGCGGAGUCGACUCUCCCCUUUGCGGCGCGCGGUACGGCGCGAAACCUCCCCGUUAGCAGGCAGACACGCACUGCUGAGCGGAGACUCCGCGCUUGCGCGCAGUGCGCUUCUGAGUGGCGCUUCUCCGCCCGCGCGAGGCACCACGGAUAGCGCGGCCUCCCCGCCUGCGCCCACCAGCGCGCUCCUGACUGGCGCCUCCCCGCCUGAAGCACACAGCGCUCUGCUGAGCGGAGUCUCCCCGCCCGCAGGCAGCGCGCUGCUGACUGGGGCCUCCCCGCCCACAGGAAACGUGGCGGGAAGGCGCGCGACUCCGCCUUCCCACGCGGAUUUUCCGCCUGGAGUCUCCCCGCCCGCGACCAGCGCGCUCCUGACUGGCGCCUCCCCGCCCGCUGCACACAGCGCGCUACUAAGCGGAGUCUCCCUGCGUGCGCACAGCGCGCUGCUGAGCGAGCUCUCUCCUUCUGCGCCCGCUCGUGUCUCCCCGCUCGCUUCACACAGUGCUGCGCUGCAGACUGGAAUCUCUCCGCCCGCGACCAGCACGCUUGAACACGACGCCUCUCCCCCUGUGGUUCCUAUGGGUCCCAGGGGUAACAUAAUUCCCGCGGGUAGCAGAGUCCCCACGGCUAACAUGGCUGGCACGGAUGAUAAAGCUGGCGUGGGUGGCGGCGGUGGCGUUAGCAUGGUGACCAUUGCACCUGCUGUCAUGCCCGCUCCCUCCCGUUACUCCCCUUCCCGCCCGCCCCCCAGUCAAUCCCCGCCAAGCCCGGCAGCAGCAGCACCUUCGGUUGCUGCCUCCAUGCCUCCUCCCCAGCCUACUGCUGCUGCCACGCCUCCACCCUCACACCUCUCACACCCCUCCCAGCCCUCACUCCACCCACAACCCUCGUGCCCUUCACACCCCUCUCUCGCCUCUCGACUCCUGCCACUAUUGCAGGAUCUGCUGCUGUUCCCGGGGUCCUCGGCCGGCCAGGCUGUAGCGGCGGCUGUAGUUGCGGCUCUGGACAGGUGCUGUGGGGGCAGGGCGAGCGGGGGGAGGGCGAGUGGCGGGCGAACAGGUGGGGGGAGGACCAGUGGGGGAUGGGCUGGUGGGGGGAGAACUGGUGGGGUUUGGGCGGGUGAGGGGAGGGCUGGUGAGGGGAGGGCUGGUGAGGGGAGUGAGGGUGGGGGGAGGGCAGGUGAUGGGGGAAUGGUUGGGGGAGGAACGGAACGGGGGAGGGUGGGCGCGGGGGGCUUGGGUGGUGGGGAAUUGGGUGAGGGGGGGGAUGGUGGAAGCGGAAUGGGGGUUAGAAGAGUGGGUUGGGGGGGGGCGGGUGGGGAGGGAACGGCAAGAGGGGAGGCUGAGAGGGAGAGAGCAGGGGUAAGACGGCAUGGUGGGGAAGGGCUGGGGGAAGGGGAAGGUGGAGAGGAGGAAGGAAGGGGAAAGAGGAGGCGUGUUUUGGAGGGAGGGAGUGAGGGAGCGGGUGGAAGGCCAAUAGAGUUGAGAGUGAGUGAGGGUGGUGGUGGUGGAGGGGGAGAGGCGGGAGGUUGGAGAGGGAGAGGGGGGGAAGUGAGUGGGUGGGGGGGAGGAGUGUGGGGGGGAGGGGGGGAAUGGCACCAGGAGGGAGCUGUUCCUGGGACAGGGGGGACUGGAGAGGAGGGAGGUGAGGAAGGAGAGGGAAGUUCCGGAGACGAAGUGGGAGGAAGCGGAGAGGGAGUAGAAGGAGGAGGAGGGGAAGGAGGAGGGGAACGAGAAGGAGAACGAGUAACGGGUAGAUCAAGGAAAGGAGGGGAGCAAGAGGACGAGGAAGAGGAGGAGGAAGAGGAGGAGGAGGAGGAAGAGGAUGCUGCGAUGGAGGCCGGGAAAAUGGAGAGUGAUGAUCCUAGGAGGGGCGAUGUCAGAAGAGACAAAUCACUCCGGCCAGAUGAGAGGCAAUCCAUGGGAAGGGAUGGGAGCUGUUUUCUCUACAAACCCGACAUGCCCCGCACCUGCUGCCCGGCCUACACCAUCCGCCUCGUGGCGGGGCGGUUUCAGCUCAACAAGGAGCAGCGCAAGGUGCUGCGGCGCAUGGAGAGGUUCCUCAACCUGUUGGAUCGUGGCUGGCGUCGGUCGGGUUGCUUCCUCUACAAGCCGGACAUGCCCCGCACCUGCUGCCCGGCCUACACCAUCCGUCUCGUGGCGGGGCGGUUUCAGCCCAACAAGGAGCAGCGCAAGGUGCUGAGGCGCAUGGAGAGGUUCCUCAGUGGAGACAUCGACCUUCCGCCCCCCAGGCCUAGAGAUUCCCCUGCUAACCGUGCAACGCCGCAGCAAUCAGACCCUGCAAAGGGGCAAGCCCUAGGGGAUGCACGGAUGGAAGGGGCUUCGACUAGAAAUCUGGAGCAAGGACCUUUGGCAGCAGUGCAGGCGCGUGUGGAAGGGGCUUUAAGCGGGGUGCUACAGCUAUGGAGGGAGCAGGGGAUGCUGCCUGCCAGCCUGGUGCUGCCUGCUGUGACGCUCAGAUCUGUUCCUGUCAGUGUGAGGGCGCGAGUCGGGGAGGGGAAGGGAGGGGAGAGAGGGGAGGGAGGGAAAAGGAAGGGAGGGAAGGGUGGGAAGGGGAAGGGAGGGGAGGGAGGGAAGGGAGAGGAGGAAGGGGCAGGAGGGGCAGGGGAAAGCCAGCAGAAAGGAGCGUCUGCUCCUCUGCCUGUGCUGACGUCAAACAUUGCGUUUAUAAUCUGCUCCGGAUUAAAGAAACUGCAGCAGCAGCAUCCAGGGGUGAGAGCCACACAGCAAUCAGCAAGCGGAGAAAGAGGGGGCACAAGCGCUCUCUCUUUAAGCUCUAGUGCACAGGAUUUAGCAGCAAAGCUGGUAGCCGAAGCAGAGGGGGGGUGGCAAAGGGGGGGACUGCCAGAGGGGGUGUGUGUGAGAGCCGUGCAUGGGCAUGUGAACGUGCUUGCUCCCGCCGCUCUGCUUCAUGGUGGCAUGACGACAGGCACGAAUCAUCAGCAACGGCGGCAGCAGCAGCAGGAAGAGCAGAAGCAGCAGCAGCAACAGCAGCAGCAGCAGCAGCAGCAGCAGCAGCAACGGGACGAGCAGCAGGACCAGCAGCGGCAGCAGCAGGGGAAACAGCGCACCCCACGACGUUUAGAGAUAACAACCCACCCAUCGGCGUUCACUCAGGAGGAGUACGAGCUGUACCGCAAGUACCAGAUUCACGUGCACGAUGACAAGCCCUCCUCCGUCACCAGACGCGGCUACGAGAAUUUCCUCGUCAACACUCCCCUCAUACCCGUCCCUCCACCUGCUCCUUCCACCUCCGCUCCUCCCACUUCCACUACUCCCCACCCACACUCAGUCCCGCCCCUAGAAGCGCCCAAGCCUGCCUCAGCGCCCCUCCCCUCCUGUGGGUACGGGUCUUUCCACCAGCAGUAUCGGAUCGACGGGCGCUUAGUGGCCGUGGGGGUGGUGGACGUGCUGCCACGCUGCCUCUCAUCUAAGUAUCUCUUUUGGGACCCAGACUAUGCGUUUCUGUCCCUGGGGAAGUUUUCCGCGCUGAAGGAGAUAGAGUGGGUGCAGCGCGAGCAGCAGCAGCGCCCUGAGCUCUUAUUGGAUUCGUACUAUAUGGGGUAUUAUAUCCACUCCUGCCCCAAGAUGACUUACAAGGCCGCGUAUGCACCGUCGGAUCUGCUCUGCCCUCUGCGCUACUUGUGGGUGCCCUUCACCCUCGCCCGCCCUCUCCUCGACCGCUCCCCCUACGUUGUUCUCUCCUCCUCGCACUGCCAAAACACCCCCACACCCCCCCUCCGCCCCCCCCUUCCCAUCAGGUGGGUUCCGUUCUCCCUUGCUCGCCCUCUCCUCGGCCGCUCCCCCUACGUUGUUCUCUCCUCCGCGCUGCCAAAACGCCCCCACACCCCGGCCAGCCUUCCCUCUCUCACAAACUCGCACCAUCAGCCUCUCUCUUCCAUGGGAGGGGACGGGGCUACAGUGGGGGAGGGGCGAGAGGAGGGAGUGAGAGAGGCAGUGCGAGGGUAUACAGGGGUGGGGGGGGGACAGACCGAUGCAGAGAGAGCAGAGGCACGAGAACUACAGGCUGCUGCUGAGAGAGGGGCUGGUGGGUUGGACGAGACGAGUAGCAGGGAGGAUACUACUAACGAGUAUGGAGUGCAGGGAGGUGUGUACAGGGCCCAAGAGGACAGGAAAGGGGGCCAGGGGGGGAAAGAUGGGAUGGAGGUUGAUGCGGGAAGGGAAGGAGACUGGCGGAGAGGAAUGGUAGGAGGAGGGGGGGAAGCGGGUGGGAGUGAGUGUGGAGGAGGAGGGGAGAGAUGGCCCGAGGAGUCGAGUGAGGAGGAGCGGCAGGAGAGAAGCAGGGAGGUGGCAGCAACAGUGAUGGCCAUGCCACUGCUUAUCAACGGCUCCUUGCAGAUCAGCUUUUCGCAACUGCUGGAGAUGGGCUGGCUUUCCUCUGCCUCCACACGGGCCAUAACAGCAGCCCUUAAGACCUUCUGUGAAGCUGCUGGGCCUGAGGCAGCUAGGCGCAUUCUCUAUGUCGUUAGGUAG